AUGUAUACGCUGCCCAUGGAUACGCUUCUCCGCAUGACCGCAGUGCGACCACAUGAGGAGCUCCUGAAUCAAGGGAGCCUGGUGGAGUUCGAGGAAGUCUUGGGUAGGGCGAUGUUCAUCUCGCAUCAGUGGCUCGCCAAUGAGCAUCCAGACCCUGAAGCUCAGCAAUGGAAGGUGCUUCAAGAAGCGAUACGCAACCUCUAUUCUGGAAGGAGCCUCGUGACACUCCCAAUCCAAAGCGAGUAUUUCUACGGCCGGCAUUCCACCCUCUCGCGCGAGGACUUCCAAUCCAAGCCACUGUUCAUUUGGUACGACUACGUGUCGUGCCCGCAAGCUGCGGAUUCACAUGGCCAAGAGCAUCAGAAGCGAGCCAUUGACAGCAUCGUGUCUUAUAUCGAGCGCUGCGUGAAUUUCAUGUCAAAUCUUUCGGCAAUCAUCUUCCGCAGUUGCAAGCAGCCAUGUUCGUGA